AACCUGAAAUUUGAUUACUUCACUUUCCCUUUCGAAUGUGAACCAUUUUCCUUCCUUCUUCAGUCUUCUUCUCCACCACAAUCACUCCAAAUCUCACUUGAAUCAUCACCAAUUUCCCCAGAUCUCUGUUUCAGAAUCGUGAUCCGUCCUCAAUUUCUUCUCCGAUCUUUGAUUUCAAAUGUCUGAAGGUUACGCGAUCGAGCUUUACUUCGAUCCGGCGCUUGAGAACCAGGUCCUGAAAGCUUGGAACGUCUUCGCUCGCCGCCAAAUCAGCACGAAAUUGAUCAACGACGAGUCUCGUCCGCACAUAACCUUGUUCUCUACCGUCUUCUUCGACUCAACGAGGCUCGAAUCCGUCAUCAGAAACUUCGUAUCGAAGCAGGAACCGCUCUCGAUCUCGUUCUCAGCUAUCGGAAGCUUCUCGAGCGACAGCAACGUGCUUUUCCUCUCGCCGACGCCGUCCUUAUCGCUUCUUCAGUUACAGUCUCAGUUAUGCGACACGAUGAAGAAAGAAGGCGUUGAGAUUCCUGAAGAUUAUCGCGCCGAUUCGUGGGUUCCGUUUUGUCCGGUGGCUCUUGAAGUCCCCAAGUCGCGUAUGGCUGAAGCUUUCUCGGUGUUGAGAGAUUUGAAGCUUCCGGUUAAUGGAUACGGCAUGGAGAUUGGUCUGGUCGAGUUUUCUCCGGUUCGUGAAGUCUUCUCAUUUGGUCUUGGUAACAGCACUUUGGAGUCUUGAUCAUUGAAAAUGUUCGAUCUUUUGUGUUGGUUUGAUGAGUUCUUGUAAUUUCCCUCCGUAGAGUAUCAAUGUUUACUGUUGAACACUAAAUUUCCAAGAAAUAGAUGAAGAAUUUAUGUUCA